UGUGUGGCUUAAUGUGAGACAGUUACACGCGCUUCCUUUAUCGACCUUUAUUUGGGUGGUUGCGAGCCACACGAUCACAAUAUGAGGUUGCCUAUUACGUGGAAACUUCACCCUUGUGACUAUCGGACAACAAACCCUGGAUAAAGAUCCCGCACUGCGCUGGACAUUUCUCCACCCGGAACAUUGGACAAGCACUGAAGUUGCAGGAUGGGUGGACUCCGUCGCGACGGCGAACAGCAUGGCGGACCAGGACCGUCAUGUGAUUAGUCAAGCCUUUGAAACAGUGACUGGGACUCAGUUGAUUGCGAUGAAAAAGGAAGACUUUGUUGGCAUCUUGGGAAAUAAUGGAGAUUUUAUGUACCAAACAUUUAGGACCAUGUAUUUAGCAGUUCCGAAUCUUGAUGGCAAAGGACAAGCAGAUCCACGAUCCCUCACACCAAUAUCAGAAAAGACGGACUCAGACAGUUCCCCGGAACCAGAUCCCGACCCUCGACAUUGUCCCGGCCCACCCACAGAAUCAUCCCAACACCUGGAACGUCGCGGAGGAGGCAAUGGCAACAGCUUGAAGACCGAUUCCUGUGACAGAUGACACAAAAUCGAUCAUAGAAAAUAACCAAUUGGAAAUAAAGUAGCCAGACUGUCA